AUGGAGGCCACCAACCCUUCUUGCUUCCACCUUUUCCUCUUCUUCUCCUUCUCCCCCAUUAUAACACAGCCUGCCCUCACCCAGGACCCCUCCGUCACCACGAUGACGAUAACCAAGGGAGACCCGUUCAUCGCCCCAACCAACGUGGCCAACCAGACCACUCCGAGCUAUGUGGAGGCAACUCAAAACACCCCUCUAGAGACGGGAUUGUCCACUCCAUCAAGCGGUGGAGACGCAGAUGACGAGGAUGCCCUUCCAGCCAGCGGGACCCGUUGCAUGGGCUACUACGACGUGAUGGGCCAGUGGGACCCGCCGUUCAACUGCAACGCCGGCGUCUUCCUCUACUGCUGCGGGACCUGCUUCUACCGCUUCUGCUGCCAGUUCCGCCAGCAGCGGCUGGACCAGAGAAUCUGCUCCAACUACGACACGCCCAUCUGGGCCAACACCGGUAAGCCCGUGGCCACCAUCACCGAGGGCCAGGAGGACCAGGACCGGGACCGCACGCACCUCAUCGUCUACAUCAUCUGUGGAGUGGUGGCCAUCAUGGUGCUGGUGGGCAUCUUCACCAAACUGGGCCUGGAGAAGAGCCGCGGUGUGAGCGGAGGCGGAGCAGGGGCGCAACAUGCUGACCUCAACUCCAGGACACUGACCGACCUUCUGAAGCACCAUGGGGGCGAAGUGAGCUCGGUGGAAAACGCCACGGCCAGUUCACCCAAUGGAGGAAGAGCCAAUGGAGUCUCAGCCAGGAUGCUGCGCAGCAGGAGUGAGCAGUACCAUUUGAAUAACUCAGGUUAUGGGCCGUUUGGACAAGGGCUUCCACACCCGCAAAGCAACCACAGCACAGUGGGACUGAACAAAUACACUUCGCUCAAAGCUGUGGCUGACAGUGCAUCUCGUAGCUACUACAAGAGCUUCCCACUCAUGGACUUCUCUCAAUACCAACCUGUGGCGCCUCCUUCCUUCCAGCCUGUACCAGUUCCACCCAAAGAGAAGUCCUACAUCCAUCAGCCCCUGCCAGCACACCACAGCCUCCAUGCCCCGCUGUCCAUCUCCAUCCCCUCCAGCCAUCUGGAGCACUCGCACCUCCCGAAGACCAACACACACCAGCUCCUCUCCAGCUCGGCCUUCAAAGUCUGGGAGCCGACUAGUCGCCAUGUCCACAGGCAGACGUCUGCCCCGGGGCGAACGUCCUCCACGCACAGCUCCUCCCGAAGACAAGGCUACUCCACCCGGAGGCAGCAGAGCAUAGAGAACAUGACGGAGCUCUUCGGUCAGCCCUAUGGAGGGAUGUAUGGAGGGGCUGCAGGGGGAGCAGAACAGGGGCAGCAGCAGCAUCAGCAUGUCCAGGGGCAACACCCAUCUCAACCCCCCUAUUACCACCAUACCAGGCAAAAGAGCUACUCCACCCACAGUACGACUGAGGUGACCGUUUGA